UUUUCCCUUACCCCUUCAGCGCAUCUGUCGUUCAAGAUGGCGCAAGGCGCCACCAGCCUCGGCAUGGGCGAGACGUUUGCCGUCGGCAGUGUCGCCGCCAUGACGGCGGUGCUGAUCUCCAACCCGUCCGAAGUCGUCAAGACGCGCAUGCAGCUGCAGGGCGAGCUGCUGAGCAAGGGCACGGGCGCGCCGCGCCUGUACAAGGGCGCGCUCGACUGCUUCACAAAGACGCUGCGCGGCGAGGGCGUCAAGGGCGUGCAGCGCGGCCUGGGCGCCGCGCUCGGGUACCAGGUCUGCCUGAAUGGCUCGCGCCUCGGCUUCUACGAGCCGUUCCGCAAGAUGUACAACAACGCGCUGGGGCGCGACCCGGGCGAGGUGUAUGCGCCGGCUGCGCUGGCCGCUGGCGCCAGCUCGGGAGUGGUGGGCGCGGUCCUCGGCAAUCCCCUCUUCCUGGUCAAGGCGCGGCUGCAGGCCUACUCGCCGCAGCACCAAAUCGGGCGCUCCUCCUUCAACUACGCCGGCACGUGGGACGGCCUGCGCAGCAUUGUGCGCUCCGACGGAUGGGGCGGCCUGGCGCGCGGCGUCGACGCGGCGAUGCUGCGCACGGCGAUGGGCAGCUCGGUACAAUUACCAGCGUACAAUUGGUUCAAGUCCUACCUCGUCAAGCUCUCGCCCUCCAACACGUGGGAGUACAACCCGUUGCUCCUCAUCUCCGGGCAGCCAAACUCCUUCUGGACGUAUCUCGGCGCCUCGACGUUCUCGGGCCUCUGCGUCUGCACCGUCAUGCAGCCCGCCGACACGGCGCUCAGCCGCGUGUACAACCAGCCGACGCGCAUCGACUCGCGCGGACGCUCCGUGGGCACGCUUUACCGCGGUCCGAUUCACUGUCUCUACCUCACUGCCAAGACCGAGGGUCCAUUGGCGUGGUACAAGGGCACGACGGCGCACCUCGCGCGCAUCGCGCCACAUACCGUGCUCACGCUCAUGGCCAACGAGGCCUAUCUGCGCUACUACUCCAACUUCAAGGCCGGGCGCGACAUCUUUGCCGAGCCAGAGACCAUCACUUCACGAUGAGAAGAAGGGAGGGAGCGCGGCGCCGAGGCAGGGCGUGCUAUUACAUAUUAAGUGCAGAGGGGGACAGUGACGUGUGAAGCAGUAGGUGACGGGCGACGAGCUGGGAACACCGAGGAGCGGGCAGAGGAAGUGCGAGCUUUGGCGAGAGAAGAGGAUCAGAGCAGUGCUCACGGGGCGCGCCCAACGCCCAGCGCAGCGGCCUUGUCGAGCACCUCUGCCCACUCGCGUGCCGCAUCGGAGAGGAAC